CCGAUCGUUCCGGAGUGCAUCUAUGGCAUGGAUGAAACGGGGCUGCAACAAGGGGUGGGCGGUACAGAGCGUGUUAUUGGACCGGCUGGACGCAAGUUUCAGUAUCAACAGGAGAGCGGAGACCGGGAGAACAUCACGGUCCUAGUGACUAUAUGUGCGGACGGCUCUUCAAUUCCACCGGCCGUGAUCUACAAGGGUGAAGCUCUGGGUUACUCAAAGAAGGGCUAUGUGAAUGGCGAGAUCAGUGCGGAGUGGAUCAAACAGUUUGACAAGUACACCAAAGAGAAGGCUGCGGGACGCCGCCGCCUACUCCUUGUCGAUGGGCACAGCUCUCAUUAUACCUUCGAAUUCCUCGACUAUGCUCGCAAGAACAACAUUCACAUCCUCUGCUACCCGUCGCACUCUACCCAUGUGUACCAGGGACUCGACGUCGUCAUCUUCAGUGUCUUAAAACAACACUGGAAGCGAGCACGAGAUACCCUCGAGCGCCGAGGGGAGAAGGUCACUAAGGCCACCUUCCUCUCAGUCUAUGGCGGGGCUCACGUCGCAGCACUCACACCAGAGAACAUCAAGGCUGCAUUUCGAAAGACAGGAGUCGAGCCCUUCAAUCCCGAUGUCAUUACGGCUGACCUCAUGGCGCCUAGCCUCGAGACGUCCUCCCGAGGCCAUCUCCCAUUCGUACAAACAAGCCCGGUCCGG